AGAAGACCUUCUUGACGGCAGCUGGCAGCUGUAUAUUUACCAAAAUUUAACAUAACAUUAUACACUUUCCGAUGUUUUUCAGUCCGCUGACCGGACUGUUCACGGCUCACCCCAUCCUCAAACCCCUAAAUUAGGGUUCGUGUACAAGAAUAUAAACGGACAUGCUGUUAUACUGCAGCAAAACAUCCCUUAAAUCUCUUGUUGCCGCCUUUCUAAUGAACAGUGACACAAGUUCCAAAUCAAGACCAUGUUCUCAAUAUCAGCCAGAGUUUGCAUCAUGCGUAGAUGAUUUUGGCCGAAAAUCAUCGCCGAAAGUGCUGAAGCGACGACCACCGUGAAAGAGGUCACCGACGGCUGGUCAGUUAGGCCACGAUUUGACUCGUAGCCGACGACAGGUCACCCGCAGGGUUACAUGGACUUGGAGGACCUGGGCCCAGCUCCCAGGUUCAUUUCCAGAGGUCAAACAUACCGGGCUGUGCUCGGCGACACGCUGGUCCUGCCGUGCGAAAUCCAGAACGUUGGCAAUUUUGUGGUAUUGUGGCGGAGAGGAAGUUCCGUUUUGACAGCACGUGAGAUCAUGGUGACCCGUGACCAGAGAUUCCGACUCGUCGAAGGCUACAAUCUGGAGAUCAGGAACGUGAUGCCGCAGGACGCCGGCGACUACGUGUGCCAGAUUUCCGCCAAGGACAACAAGGACCUCGUUCACACUGUCGAAAUUCUAGUCCCACCCACAAUUCGCGGCCAACCCUCAGCAGGAUCCAUGACAGUUCGCAAGGGCGGCUCGGUGACCCUAGAGUGCAAGGCGUCCGGCAACCCCGUACCAACAAUCACCUGGACGAAAAAGGGCGGCACUCUUUUCGGAGGCGAAAAGACGGUUGAAGGAUUUUCCUUGACCCUGGACCAAGUGGACAGACACCAAGCUGGCGUCUACCAGUGCUCGGCAAACAACGGCGUUGGGCCUCCGGCUACCAUUGACAUCAACCUGACCAUUCUCUAUCCGCCAGAGAUCCAGGUAGAACGCAGCUGGGUCCAUUCCGGAGAAGGAUUCGAAGCCCAAUUGGUCUGCAUCGUCCACUCUGAUCCUCCUGCAGUGGUGAACUGGCACCACGAGUCGUUCUCCCUGCAGGAAAAUGACCGCCGCCACAUGGAGACCCACGGCAUCAAACACACCCUCUCGAUCCGCCAAGUUCAGCAGAGCGACUUCGGAAACUACAGCUGCGUGGCCGACAACAGCCUCGGAAGGGCAAAGAAGUACAUGGAACUCUCAGGGCGGCCAAGUCCCGUGACCUUCUUGUCCGAGGCGUACAGCCGAGGUCGCGACUACUACAACCUGAGCUGGGAAGUGACCAGCUGGCCGCCGCUGCUCGAGGUCAAACUUGUGUGGAGACGCGUGCACAUGAACGAGACGCACCCGAUGGCCGGAAAGUGGCACGACGUGAUUCUGGCGCCCAACCCCAAGACGGCGGCCAUCGGCCACGUGGGCGAGGGCAACCUGCACAGAGCGUCGUACGUGAUCCGGCCGCUGCAGCCCGGCGGCGCGUACGAGGCCGUCGUGCAGGCCAAGAACAAGUACGGCUGGAACGAGGUGUCCGACCUCUACAAGUUCUACACCAGGGGCUCCAGCGAGAGUCUACUGGACGACGCGAUGAAUGACAUCAUGGGCGAAGCGGGUCCUCACGCGAGCACCAAAGGAAUGGCUUCGGCCUCCACCCCAUCCCGCCCCCACAGGACUGUGACCCCGGCGCUGUUGCUGCCCAUCCUGGUGAUUCUCAUCGCCGCCUGCAACUUUGUGUAGACUGACCUCCACACCACGAAGGUGCAGAUGGGGCCCGGCGGUUUUCGCAGCAACACCUUGGCGCACCGAUCGAGCGUUUGCAAGCAGCCAGUCUCACUCUUUCUCUGCUCUUUUCCAAUCACUCACACACGCAGCCCGGCAAACAUAAUCACCCACCGCAACCAGUCAGCCGACGGAAAGAAUUUUAACUCAAGCAAAAACGACAUCAUUAUCUCUUCUCAUCAAAUCAUCACGCCGCAUGACGCUGGCUAUCCGAGCUGCAAUCAUCAUCCAACUCACAAUAUUCCGGUCGUACUUCCCGCAGCGCGAUCCUCAUCAUUUGCCCCGCCACAAACCGAGAAGUGUAAUUACGAAGGGAUUCAAAAGGAGUGAGUGCUGUUUCGUGAGGCGAAAUUUGAAUGCACCUGUUUCUCUUCAUCCUGCAGUGUGGACUUUUUGUUCGCGGACAGACCCUUUCCUAGCGGCAGUUUUUGACCAAACUCCUUCUUUUCUGACUUUUGGUUUUGACCUCAUAUCAGAGCAAGCAAAACACGUUGAUUUGUAAAUUUUAAUUGCAAAGUCAUUUUUCGCCGAUUUUUUGAAAAUCGCACAAACUGCCGCUGCGUAACUUGCGCUAGGUUCUUUCGAAAGUGCUGAGAAAUGGACUCGGUGACGACUAUAAUUAUAGUUAAUUUAAAAUGCAUAAUAUACAUUGUGUACCAUUCUUGUCUGUGAAUUUAACGUUUAAAAUGAGAUAAGUGGCAAUGUAUGCUGUUGAUUCUGCGCACCCAGCAAUUCAAUUCCUGCCGUUUUGUUUUCUCCGAUAGUUUUUCUGAACUUUGUAAUUUUCUCUGAUCAACAGCUACUAAUUUUUGUCCAUGUCAUGCAUGUAAAUAUUUUGAUGUAAGAAUCUGAUGAGAGAUUGAAGUAUCAAAUAAGAGCUAACAAUUACGUUUGGUGUUUCAGAACUCAAAGCUGUUCAAUUCUCACAACUCACAUACAUAAUAAUUUAGUGUUUCGUCAAAAGAAUUAUUGCUACUGAAUGGUUUCCGGAUCAAAUUGCAUGUUGUGUGCUGAUUUUCGAUUUUUUUUUUAUAAUUAUUUAUUUUUGUGCAAAAAUAUGUAAAUAAUAAUUCACUCAAAACACAAAUACCACAAGAGAUUCUGUACCAUGCCCAAGUGAAGUUUUCUCAAAUAACGCAAAAUUGUAAUUGUAGUCAUUAUUCUUAUGGCUAGAGCUCCGAAUUCGGAUUCUGGAGAGCGUAAAGAUGUGUGGAUCACCACUAAGUCCCCGAAAUUGAACUCUUGAUUGUUCAAAAGGAUCUGUAUAUUCAUGUGCCAUUCAUUUGGAUGUCGUUUUAUCUCACAAAACAUGUACGGGGCUCAGUGUUGAUGAUCAAUAUGUUUCAAAAGCUAAAUAAAUUUAAUAACGAACCUUGACUUGUA